AUGCGAGCAUGCUGGACUGCUGCAAAAAGGUCAUUGCCACCUCGGCCAACGCAGCGUGCGUUGUCGUCUAAGGUUCUAGGGAAGCUCCCCGCAAUCCAACAUUUGCAUCCGUCUAUUCGCGACUUUGCGCUCGAAUUAGGACAAACGCAGCCAUGUUUUGCUCUUCAGCCUCGCGAUAUUUGUAUCUUAUCGCAGCCAAAAGAUUUCCUCGAUUCGCUCCUUGACAUGAUUCGCCGAGCUCGCAAAAGAAUAUUUAUUUCGUCAUUAUACAUCGGUUCCGCAGAGGACUACCUCAUCACUGCCCUAGAAGAAUCACUACGCGCUAAUCCGGGUCUCCACGUCCAUCUUCAUCUCGACUAUAACCGCUCAACUCGCCCUGGGCCUGCUUCGACUGCCUCUCUUUUGACUCCUCUUAUCAAAGAGUACCCAGAUAGAGUCCAUGCUCAUUUCUUCAAGAGCCCAAAACUGAAAGGGCUUAUGGCCAAACUUGUACCUAGACGUUUUGAUGAAGGUUGGGGAACAUGGCACGCAAAGGUGUAUGGUGCCGACGAUGAAGUGUUAAUAUCUGGUGCAAAUCUGAAUGACUCUUAUUUCACGAACCGUCAAGAUCGUUACCUGCAUUUUAAAUCACCUCUGCUCUCAAAUUAUUGUUAUUCCUUCCUUAAAACGAUGACACCCUUUUCCUACCAGUUAGAAUCAGGAUCACCCUAUGCCAUGUCCUGGCCAUCAAAUUCUCUCCAUCCGGAGCACAUAGAAGAUGAAGCCGGGAAGGCUCUCCAGACUUUUCAGGAUCAUGAGCUGCGAGGAUCACUCACGAAACUCGAAGAAAGCCAGAACAACGACGAAAUUGUCCUGCUUUUCCCGAUCAUCCAGGCCGGACAGUUUGGCAUUCGCGAAGAAGAGGAAUGCAUUGAUUUACUUUUCAAGCAUCUCGAUCAACACUCUGCAUCGACUGGCACUAAACCCUUGAUUGACUUUACGAGCGGAUACUUCAGUCUAGCCGAGCCUUAUCAAAAGCUUUUGCAGCAGUCGCACGCUGAUUGCCGUCUAUUAUGUGCAAGUCCUUUGGCAAACGGUUUCUUCGGAUCCUCUGGCGUAUCCGGAAGAAUACCAGAAGGUUAUACGUUCCUAGAGCAACGCUUCUGGCGCGGCGUCUUGCGUGCUGGUAGAGCAUGGAAAGAUGGACACGGAAUACAACUACACGAAUGGGAGAAGAACAACUGGACAUACCACGCCAAGGGCCUCUGGGUAUCCCCAAUAUCAACGUCUAACGCGACAGCGGAACUGGAACCACCGGUCCUUACACUUUUCGGAUCUACGAAUCUGAACUCCCGCUCUGCGAAUCUUGACAUUGAACUUGCUUUCGUUAUGGUUGUUCCGUCUUCUGAUGGGGAGGAUACGAGGAAUUUGAGGGAGCAGCUUCGUGAGGAAGUCAACGGGCUCAGGCGGCAUGCAGUUCCUUGGCGAGGAGAGGAGAGGAAAGUUCGACCGGGUACCAAAGCGCUUGUGAAAGUGGUUGGAGGAAUGCUGUAGACUUUGGUGUUUGUGCUUCAAGCGGCUCCGAACAUUUGAAUAGUUAUUCAUCUAGACGUGACUACUGAGAACUAAUCCCUACUUAAUUCAAUUAAUC